AUGGUUUUCCAUAUUAUUUAUCGUAUUGUAUCCAAUUUUUUUUUCAAAAUGUUCCUUAAGGUCAGUAAAAAACAAGGCAUACGUCUUCAUGAACAAGUAAUCGAAUUCAUUCACUGUUUUCGAAAGAAAUCAAUUUUCUUGCAGGUUUUGGUUUGGUUUUAUCUCUUUUAUUGAAUAUUGGUCAGUGAAGCUGAUGCUGUUGAAGUUCUAAGUUCUCACCUUUCGAUUCCAAUCAAUUUUCGUCAAUUGCAGAAUAAUGGAUUUAUUUUCAACGACGAACCUUUUUUUCGAUCCUUGCUGAUUUCAAUCUAUCGAUGUAGUAUUGGUCCCGAAUUGCUCGAGCAGUUUACUUCUUUAAGAGAUUUUAAAUUAAGACAGUCUAUAGAAGUUUCUGACUAUCAACAGAUGCAUAAAUCCAAAUUGGUUUUACCAAGCUCAUUGGGUCGUACUAUGUAUGGAGUUUUCGAUGAAACAGGCUUACUGCAAUAUGGUCAAGUUUUUGUGCAAUAUUCUUCGAACAUUCGCAACCCGUCAAGUAGUCCAAUUAUUCAUAAAGGUCCAGUAUUGGUUACCAAAAAUCCGUGUCAUGUAGCUGGUGAUAUACGCUUAUUUGAAGCUGUUUAUCAGAAUUCUCUGAAACAUCUUCGAGAUAUGAUUGUUUUCCCACGUUAUGGUCCUCGACCAUAUCCAGAUGAAAUGGCUGCAAUGAUUUUCCCAAAAUUUAUUCCUGUUGAAUAUCAAGAAUCUCCAAACACCGAAGAUUUGGUAUAUUUCUUUUUAAAAUAUCUCAGACAAGAUUCACUCGGUAAAAUUUCAAAUGCACAUUUGAUUAUGGCUGAUCGUAUUAUUGGACCUUUUUCAUUAAAAAACCAUAAAAUUUCCUCGUCUAUUAAAUAUAUAAAAUUAAUUCAAAAUUAUAGCGAAAUUUGUGAUAAUAUUGCAAAAAAAUGCUCGGUAGCAGUUGAUUUUCCAAAAACGGGUCGACCAGCAACGAGAUUGACUGCUCAAGAACAAAGCGAUCUAGUGCCGGAUUAUAUGCAAAAUUCCUUCAAUGCAUCCUAUCCUAGUCGACGUCUUCUUAGCAAAUUAUAUCGGUUCGAUAAUUUUGAUUUAUCGUUGAUUUAA